AGCCACACACAGGCAGAGCCACGCACGGCCGCGCACAGCCACGCACAGCCGCGCACACACACAGAGCCACACGCAGCCACACACGCACAGGCAGAGCCACGCACGGCCGCGCACAGCCACGCACAGCCGCGCACACACACACAGCCACACGCAGCCACACGCGCACAGGCAGAGCCACGCACAGCCACGCACAGCCGCGCACACACACACAGCCACACGCAGCCACACGCGCACAGGCAGAGCCACGCACACACACGCACAGGCAGAGCGCGAAGAUGUCGCACCCGGGCAAGAAGAGCGUUCCCCGCGUCACGAGUGACCAGCUUCUCAUCAAAGGAGGAAAAAUUGUCAACGAUGAUCAGUCGUUUUAUGCAGACAUUUAUGUGGAAGACGGUUUAAUAAAACAGAUCGGAGAGAAGCUGGUUGUGCCUGGUGACGUGAGGACGAUCGAUGCCUAUGGCCAGAUGGUGCUGCCGGGGGGGAUCGACGUCCACACCAGGCUGCAGAUGCCCGUCAUGGGAAUGACCUCUGCCGACGGCUUCUACCAAGGCACGAGAGCAGCCCUGGCAGGAGGGACCACCAUGAUCAUUGACCACGUGUGCCCCGAGGCCGGGAGCAGCCUCCUGGCUGCCUACGAGCAGUGGCGGGCGCGAGCUGACAGCCAGGCCUGCUGCGACUACUCCCUGCACGUCGACGUCCCGCGCUGGCACGACAGCCUGGGCGAGGAGCUGGAGGCCCUGGUGAAGGACAAGGGUGUGAACUCCUUCCUGGUUUUCAUGGCGUACAAGGACAGGCUGCAGUGCACCGAUGCCCAGAUGUAUGAGAUAUUCUGCGCCAUCCGAGACCUGGGGGCCAUCGCCCAGGUGCACGCGGAGAACGGAGACAUCAUCGAUGAGGAGCAAAAGAGGCUGCUGGAGCUGGGGAUUACGGGGCCGGAAGGGCACGUCCUGAGCCGCCCCGAGGAGGUGGAGGCCGAGGCCGUGUACCGCGCCAUCACCAUCGCCAAGCAGGCCAACUGCCCCCUGUACGUCACCAAGGUGAUGAGCAGAGGCGCAGCCGAUGUCUUGGCGCAGGCGAAGAGGAAAGGCACCGUGGUGUAUGGGGAGCCCAUCACUGCCAGCCUGGGCACCGACGGCUCGCACUACUGGAGCAAAAACUGGGCCAAAGCUGCAGCCUUUGUCACGUCCCCCCCCAUCAGCCCAGACCCCACCACGCCAGAGCAUCUCUCCUCGCUCCUGUCCUGCGGGGACCUGCAGGUCACCGGCAGCGCCCACUGCACCUUCAGCACCGCGCAGAAGGCCGUGGGCAAGGACAACUUCACCCUCAUCCCCGAGGGGACCAACGGCAUCGAGGAGCGCCUGUCCAUAAUCUGGGAGAAGUGUGUGGUGCCCGGGAAGAUGGACGAGAACGACUUUGUAGCAGUGACCAGUACCAACGCUGCCAAGAUCUUCAACUGCUACCCCAGGAAGGGGCGCGUGGCCGUGGGCGCCGACGCAGACCUCGUCGUGUGGAACCCCAAGGCCACCAAAAUCAUCUCAGCAAAAACCCACAAUUCGAACGUGGAGUACAACAUCUUUGAAGGCACAGAGUGCCACGGGGUUCCUACCAUGGUCAUAAGUCAGGGAAAAGUUGUUCUUGAAGAUGGAAACCUGUGUGUCACCGAGGGGUCGGGUCGCUUCAUCCCAAGAAAGACGUUCCCCGAUUUCAUUUAUAAGAGGAUAAAGGCAAGGAACAGGCUGGCCGAGGUGCACGGCGUGCCCCGCGGGCUGUACGACGGGCCGGUGCACGACGGCGUGGGCAGCGCCAGGGCCGUGGCGCCCGCGCCCGCCUCCCGGAUCCCGCCCGGCACCGCCAAGGCUCAGGGACCCCCCGUGCGCAACCUGCACCGCUCCGGCUUCAGCCUCUCAGGGUCUCAGGCAGACGACCACAUUGCCCGGCGCACGGCGCAGAAGAUCAUGGCCCCGCCGGGCGGGCGCUCCAACAUCACCUCGCUGUCCUGAGCGCUGUGCCGGCGUCCAGCAGCCGCCCCACACCCUCUUCCUGUAGGUAGGAACUAGAGUAGCUCGCAGAGGUAGCGCUCCCGCCCCACUCCUCCCGGCCCGCGUCCGUUCCCGGGACAGCCCCGGCCUCGUGCAUGCACCCGGCGCUCAGCCGCGCGCUGCCGCUGCCCGGGGCCAAGGCGGGGCUGCGUUCGCUGCUGGGGCUCCUUCAUACUCGCCUCGACGGCCCUUUCUAGCCCAAGGACUUGUAACCGAUACACAGCUCCCUGAGCCGCAUCCUGCCUGUCAGCAGCACCCAGCAGGUCCCUGCACGCCCCGCGCAGCCGUGGCCAUGCCUGGGGCUGGUGCCACCGUGGCUGUGCCCGGGGGCAGAGCAUCCGUCCCUGCUGUGCCUGUGGCCUGGUGGGGCUGCCCUGGGCCGUGCAGGGCCGGGCUGGCUGCCCCCACCCCCGGGACACAGGCAGCGUGCCCGUGGGCUGCAGCCUCGCUGCUAAGGCUUGGUUUUGAAGGACUAUUUAUACAUUUUUUCAAGAGCCAAGUGCGUGUCUUACAACCAGUAACAGCUCGUUUGAAGGCCAGG